AUGGCAACCAUGUCUAGUGGGAAGGUGGAGGCCUCAGAAGAUGCAGUACCUGCAGCAGAUGCAAUAGCAGCUGCAGCAGCUGCAGCAUCAGGAAGGGCGAGGCCGAAGCGGCUGCUGCUGGCCCAGCUGUGCCUGCUGGGGGGCGCCCUGCUCGCCCCGCUCGGACCCCUCGGGCCCCUCGGACGCUCGCCCGGGCGCGCGCCGGAAACCCCCGACGGCUUUGACAUCCUGAGCCCCCCGGACACCUUCGAUAAAUGGGAUGGGAGGAGGUUGCUGGAGGCGGCUGAUAGGAACACUACCGAGAUUCCAGUCGACACAGGCCACCUGCCCCGGAAGAACUGCACCGAACCAGCUCUCCAUGAGUUCCCCAAGGACAUCUUCACCAACGAGGAUCGAAGACAGGGCGCGGUGAUCCUCCACGUCCUCUGUGCCAUGUACAUGUUCUACGCUCUGGCAAUUGUAUGCGACGACUUCUUCGUGCCUUCCUUGGAGAAGAUUUGCGAGCGAUUGCAUCUGAGCGAAGACGUGGCGGGAGCCACAUUCAUGGCAGCUGGAAGCUCCGCUCCCGAGCUGUUCACGUCCGUCAUCGGAGUCUUCAUCACCAAGGGAGACGUGGGCGUUGGAACCAUUGUUGGCUCUGCUGUAUUCAACAUCCUCUGCAUCAUCGGGGUCUGUGGACUUUUUGCGGGACAGGUUGUGGCUCUGUCAUCGUGGUGUCUCCUGAGGGAUUCAACAUACUACACGUUGUCUGUCGUGGCCCUUAUUGUGUUUAUUUACGAUGAAAAAGUCUCCUGGUGGGAGUCGUUGGUUCUGGUUCUCAUGUAUCUGCUUUACAUCGUGAUCAUGAAGUACAACUCCUGCAUCCACCAGUGCUUCGAAAGGAGGAGCAAGAACGCGGGGAAUAUGGUGAACGGGCUGGCCGCCGCCACCGAGAUGGACGACAGCAGCAACUGUGACGCCACGGUGGUGCUGCUAAAGAAAGUCCGGAGGUCGCCUGAGGGAGCGGACCUAAGGAUGACCAUUCCCUUCCCUGUCUCUGUUUCCGUGUGCCCCGCGGCGGCAGCCAAUUUCCACCGGAAAGCGUCCGUGAUCAUGGUGGACGAGCUGCUGUCCACCUGCCCCCAUCAGCUGUCCUUCUCCGAGGCGGGGCUGCGGAUCAUGAUCACCAGCCACUUCCCGCCCAAGACACGGCUCUCCAUGGCCAGUCGCAUGCUGAUUAACGAGAGGCAACGGCUGAUCAACAGCAGGACGUAUGCCAACGGCGAGUCAGAGGUGGCCAUCAAAAUCCCCGUCAAGCACGCGGUGGAGAACGGGGCGGCCCCCAGCGGCUCCGGCCCCGAGCGGGCGGGGAACGGGUCGCAGAGGGACCACCACCGCCACCGCCACGAAGACGACGACGACGACGACGACGAUGCGGCCGGCCCCGGGGACGACACCGAGAACGAGAACGAGGACAACGAGAACAACGAGAACGACGGCGAAGAGGAGGACGAGGAAGAGGAGGAGGAGGAGGACGACGAGGACGAUGAGGGGCCCUACACCCCGUUUGACCCACCCUCGGGCACCCUGGCAGUGCUGAAGUGGCUGUUCACCUGGCCGCUCAGCCUACUCCUCUACUUCACCGUGCCCAACUGCAACAAGCCGCGCUGGGAGCAGUGGUUCAUGGUGACCUUCGCCUCUUCCACCCUGUGGAUCGCCGCCUUCUCCUACCUGAUGGUGUGGAUGGUUACGAUCAUCGGCUACACCCUGGGCAUCCCCGACGUCAUCAUGGGCAUCACCUUCCUGGCAGCCGGCACCAGCGUCCCCGACUGCAUGGCCAGCCUCAUCGUGGCCAGACAAGGAAUGGGUGACAUGGCUGUGUCCAACUCCAUCGGAAGCAACGUAUUUGACAUCCUGAUCGGGCUGGGCCUGCCCUGGACCCUGCAGACCUUGGCUGUGGACUAUAAUUCCUACAUUCGGUUAAACAGCCGAGGGCUCAUCUAUUCGGUCGGCUUGCUGCUGGCGUCUGUUUUCGUCACAGUGUUCGGCGUCCACGUGAACAAGUGGAAGCUCGACAAGAAGCUGGGGUGCGUGUGCCUUUUCCUGUACGGCAUCUUCCUGUGCUUCUCCAUCAUGACCGAGUUCAACGUCUUCACCUUCGUGAACUUGCCCAUGUGUCGGGACCACUGAGCCACUCGGCGAGACUCUGCCGAGGGACCCUUCCUCCUCUCUGUGCAAUACGGAGCGCCGCUGGUGCCCCUCUCCCCCCCCACCCACCCCAGCAGGGCACCGGGCCCCCUGAACCGGGGACGUUCAGUCUACCCAGCCGGCUGUCCGUAGGGCCUCCUCCCGACACCCUCGUCCGCCGGCCGCCUCGGCUCCCCCUCCUCAUAUGCCGUCGGGACUGCCCCCGUCCACGUGAAGACUUUCCACCGCUCACGCCAUGUCGGAAAGGGACCCGGGGGCCGCGGCCUCGGAGGUGACUGGCUGCUAACUGGCCCCACGCCAGGUGAAACUCGUUCCAAUUCCUCUUUCCUCUUUAAGUUAUUUCACGGACUCCUGGUGGGACGUACGACUCGGGACCGUUGGUGGAAGGGGAGGAAGAGGCCUCCCGGGGCAGGUGUCCUUUCCAACAGAAAUGUGGCGUUCUGGACCUGGGGCGCAAAGGGCCACAUAGCAAACCUUCUUUGUCCAGGGAGCGAGCCGGCUCCUGGCACGGCUCCUGAUGGCCUGAGCCCCCUUUGGGGACCAGAAGUUGGCCUGGCGUUGCCCUAGGGGAUGGGGCCCAGGGGGUCUUGGGGCAGAAUGGGGGUUCCCUGUAAG